AUGCAAGUUGAAAAGUUAAACAUCAGUGCUUAAUCAAAUGGUUCCUAAUUCAUGAGUAGUACCCACUAAAGAAUAACAGCAAAUAUAUUAUGCUGCAUAUGUGGCAUAUCCUUUAACCCUUCCGAGACUAAAACAAGCAUGUGCAUCCAAUGUGUGACUUCUCAACAAGAUAUAACAACUGGCAUAACCAAAUAAGGCAUAAUAAAUUUUUGCAGAAUGUGUCAUAGAUACAAUAAGCCUCCCUGGGUAUAUUGCGAACGAGAAUCGAAAGAAAUGCUAGCCCUAUGUUUGAAAAAAAUUAUCGGUAUAAAUAAAUUAAAAUUAAUUGACUCUGCUUUUUUAUAUACUGAACCCCAUUCUCGUAGAAUAAGAUUAAGAUUAACUGUAUAAAAGGAAGUUCUAAACAACACAUCUAUAUAGUAGAAUUUUAUUGCUGAGUUUGUUGAGCAUUACGGUCAAUGUGAUGAUUGUAAAAAGGAGUUCACACCCCAUACAUGGGGCGCAUGUGUAUAAUUAAGAUAGAAAGUAGAACAUAAGAAGACUUUUUAUUUCCUAGAAUAAAUUAUUUUAAAAAAUAAUGCUCAUGAUAAAAUAUUGAAAGUAGAAGAAAAAGAUGAUGGUCUAGAUUUUUUUUACAAAAAUAAAAUGCAAGCUAAUCGAAUGGUAGACUUCUUAGCAUCAGUAAUUCCUUUAAAAAUAACAGCUUCUAAAUAACUAAUUAGUCAUGAUGACCGUAAUAAUACUUUCGUGAAUAAAUAUGUCUGGGCUUUAGAAAUACCGAAGGUAUGUAAGGACGAUUUAUGUAUUUUUCCACCUAAAUUAUGUAAAGAAUUGGGAGGUAUUUCCCCUUUAUGUAUUUGUACCAAAGUUUCUAAUAUGCUCCAUUUUGUAGAUACUCAUUAACAUAAAAGAAUAGAUUUGAAUGCUGAAAAGUAUUUUCAUUAUGAAAAUGAUAUUACGUGUAUUUCUUUGAAAAAUAAUUAGACUUAAUUUAUGGUUAUUAAUUAUGAAAAAAUUGAAAGCAAUGGUGAAAAAAUGAAUAAUUCAUAUGUUUCUUCUAUUUAGAAUGUUUAUUUAGAUAAAUUGGCUCAUGUUACUGUUUAAAGGACUUCAGAUUGGAAAGAAUUUACUAUUAGAUCACAUUUGGGAGAAAUUUUGAAAGAAGGAAGCUUUGUUGCGGGCUAUGAUUUGACCACUAUAAACUAUUCUGAAGAUCUUGAUGUACUUAAAAAUGCACCUGAUGUUGUUUUGGUAAAGAAGACCUUUGAUAAGCAAGCUACAAGGCGUGGACCGAGAAUUUGGAAGUUAAAAAGAAUGUAAAUGGAUGGAAUUAUGGUGGAUGAGGAAGAUGAAAAUGAAAAUACGAAAAAAAAUAAAAAAAAAGUUAAAAAUGAUGAUUUCGAAGAGUUUAUGGAUGAUAUUGAGAAAGAUCCUAAAUUAAGAGAGAACAUUAAUCUUUAUAAAGAUGAGGAUAAUAUAAAAAAAUUAUCCGAAAAAGAAUUAGCGAAAAAGGCUUAAUUACCGAAAAAACCAUAAAGAAAAAUCGCAAAAUUAAUAAAUAUAAAACUUAAAAAUCCCUAAGAAAUAUUAGAAUUGUAAAAAUAAGAAAACGAAGAAAAUCUCAAAAAAGGUUAAGAAAGAAAAAUUAAUAAAUAAAAAGAAGAAGAAGAGAAGAAUAAAUAAUAAUAAGACGAAGAAGAAGAUGAAGAUUAUUAUGAUAACGAAGUUAAAUUAAUCGAAUUAUUAGAUGGACUUAAUUUUGAAGAAAAACCUUAAGAAUAAGUAUAAGAAGUUAAUGAUGAUAAUUUUAUUGAUGAGUUUAUUAGAAAACUUGAUAAUGUUAAAGUCGAAAAAUGA